AUGGUAGGAGCUGGCGGUAUUGGCUGCGAACUUCUGAAGAACCUCGUCCUCAACGGCUUCGGCGAAAUACACGUAGUCGAUCUCGACACAAUCGACUUGAGCAACCUCAACCGACAAUUCCUCUUCCGACAUGAGCAUAUCAAAAAGUCAAAGGCCAUGGUAGCCGCCGAGGUGGCGCAGAAGUUCAACCCCAGGGUGAAGAUCGUGCCCCAUCACGCCAAUAUCAAAGACGCCGAAUUCAACCUAAGGUGGUUCCGUGGAUUUACCUUGGUUCUUAAUGCACUAGACAACUUCGAAGCCCGGCGGCACGUGAACCGCAUGUGCUUGGCCGCCAACGUGCCCUUGAUCGAGAGUGGAACGACAGGCUUCAAGGGUCAGGUCCAGGUCAUCAAGAAAGGCGUUACAGCAUGCUACGACUGCACAGCGAAGCCUGUCGCGAAGUCUUUCCCCGUCUGCACGAUUCGGAGCACUCCCAGCCAGCCCAUUCAUUGCAUCGUCUGGGGCAAGAGCUACCUCUUGAGCGAGAUUUUUGGCCAGAGCGAGGACGAGUCUACCUACGACCAUUCGGCCGACGCUGAUAACAAGGAGGAGAUUGAGGAGCUCAAGAAGGAAGCUGAGGCCCUGAGGUUGAUUCGUGAAUCUCUGGGCACAGAAGCGUUCCCUGAACUGCUCUUCAACAAGGUCUUCAAUGCGGAUAUUGUAAGGCUGUUGUCCAUGGAGGACAUGUGGAAAUCCCGAAGGAAGCCUGAGCCGCUUGAUUACGCGACGUUGAUGGGAAAGGCUGCGGAAGCCCUAGCCUCGAAGGAAGAGAUUCUGCGCGACGACCAGCGGGUUUGGUCACUCGAGGAGAACCUUGCCGUGUUCAAUGACAGCCUUGAUCGUCUAAGCAAGCGUUUGCUCGAACUCAAGGCAGCUCACCAAAACGCAUCAGGACCAGAGCCUGUCAUCACGUUCGACAAGGACGAUGAGGAUACUCUUGACUUUGUGGCAGCGGCGGCGAACAUCCGGUCGAGCAUCUUCGGCAUUGAUGGCAAGUCACGAUUCGACAUCAAGGAGAUGGCUGGCAACAUUAUCCCUGCCAUUGCGACCACAAACGCUAUCGUCGCUGGCCUUUGCGUUUUGCAGUCUUUCAAGGUGCUGAAGGGCGAUUAUAACCACACGAAGGAACUCUUCCUGGCACCGAGCAAUGACCGCCGCCUCAUUGAGGGAACCUCGUUCCAGCCACCAAAUCCAUCGUGCCCAGUGUGCAGCGUCUUCCAAGUCAGCGCUUUCGUUGACUUUACGAAGGCUACGCUGAAAGACCUGGUUGAAGACUUCGUCAAGGUCGAGCUGGGUUACGGCGACAAGGAGUUUGCUGUGAGCAACGAGAUUGGGCCUCUAUUCGAUCCUGAGGAGACAGAGAAUCUCCCAAAGAAGCUCAGCGAUCUGGGUGUCAAGGCCGAUUCCUUCUUGACCGUUACUGAUGAGGAUGAUGAUGACACAUUCGUCAACGUAGUCAUCAACCUUGAGGAGAGCACCAACUUGGCACAAGACAAGCCUGUCAAGGGUCUUACCAUUGAUCAAGACCCAAAGAUUCCUCGGAAACCCAAGACGGCAGCACCUGCUCCUGAGACCAGCGUCGUCAACGGGUCGAGCAACACCAAUGGCAAACGGCCGCUAGAAGACAAAUCGGAAGUGUCCAGCAGUAAACGUGCCCGAUCAGAUGACGGAGGUGAUGUCCCCGAGGCAAAGAAGGCCAAGAUAUCCGCGGCAACUGAUGAUAUCAUCCUUAUUGAAGAUGAUCCAAGCGGAGACGCGACGAUUCUUCUGGAUGAUGAUUGAUUUUAAUCCACUGGAUGAAAGAGCAAGUUUCGGGAGUUCAAUCAAACAGCACUUAGCCCUCCGUCCAGGUUAAGUAUGCAAUUGUUGGCAUAUGGAUUUUGGGCGAGAAAGGCGGCAGCAUCAGCCACUUCUUCCGAAGUACCUAGGCGGCCGAGUGGGAUUCGCUUCUCCAGUGGCUCUUUUGACAUGUCUGGGGCGGUACAUUGUACAUCAGCACUACUCGUCGGCCUCACGUCGGCCUGCGGUAGUCACGGGCAAGGGUUUGGGGCGGCAAGGGGCGGACUCGGAGGGCCCAGGAUCUUGGCUUACUGGCAAUCAUUUCGGUUUGAAUGUAGCCGGGGACGAUGGCGUUGGUUCGGAUCUUGAAAGGGGCGAGUUCAGCAGCAAGGGCGUGGGUGAGUCCUUGAAAAAAAGGGGCGUCAGCGAAAGGAUGUAGCUGCGUUGUGAGAUAGACGGAUGAGCGUAUGAAUUCAAUCCUCAGCGUAAC